AUGGUUAUUGAGGUACAACAGAGAUGUGAGUUUUUGAGAAUUCUUCAUUUUGUUGAUAACACUGGUGCCGACGGUAGAGACUCCAUGAGGAAGCUUGCCUAUAGUCUUAAACGAAAGCUUGCUGUAGCAACAAAACUGUUAGUAACAGGCAAUUGUGUUUCAGCAAAUGUUGGAAUGUCUCAAAAUGGAAUCAUAGAUUUCUAUGCUACAACACCUACAGUAAAUAAUGAUACCUUUCUAAAGUUUGUUCAAGAUUGCUUUAUUUUCCUACUCAAGCCUUUCAAUGGAAUUAACAAUCACAGCACAGUGGUGCUGGAUAAUUCGUCUAUUUACAAUGUUGACAAUGUUGUUGAUGCCAUACAGUCAACUGGAGUUUUAGUGCAGUUCCUUCCUCCAUACAGUCCAGAUAUAAACCAGAUUGAAAACGCAUUUACAUGUAUCAAAUCUUCACUAAAAAUCACAAAGAUACUUGGAAAGACCUGGAUACUGAAACUCAAGUGA